CUGACAGGCAGCCUCUGUUGUGUUGGAGUAAACCUCUAACUCCACCUUCUCCACUGACAGGCGGCAGCGCUGAACCCCUGCCUCUCUCCUUCCCAGACAUUCUACGCUCAGGACUUAAUUUCCAAAGCCAUAAAGGAGGCAAGCAUAUCUUAAAGGCAUCCGGGGCUGUUCCUCAGGAACCCACUCUGGUUCGGACCGGAUCAACCUACUGAGACCCACCACCAGAUACCGGGAUUGUCUCUCUUCAGCCUCUGGCUUCUGGAGAUCUUCGCAUUGAAGAAUAAGAGAGCAAUGUGACCCCUGGAUCGAAUGAGGACCAUGGGACCUGCUGCUAUGGAUCUGAGAGUCAGCACACUCUGAAUCAACUCUCAUUCAGGCACAAUGGUCCCCCUUCUGUUUUUGGUGGCAACGACAACAAUACAAUGUAGCAACACCACUGCCAAUAACACCGCAGAAAAAGGAGGAGAUUCAUCGACCAACCACCAGAUCCUUUCCAUUGUGCUGGGUGUGUUCCUGCUGCUGCUCAUCUUCAUACUGUUGGCCUGGUACAUCCUCAGGUUAAAAAACCAGAAAAAAGCAGUCGUCACAACAGUUGACAAGAAAAUACCGAAUGGCAUCCUGGAAGAACAAGAGAUUGGAUACAGUUCUGAGUCGUUGUGCACCGUUGUACCUCCAGAGCAACAGACGGUGGUCCUUCUGCCCAGAUCCCCCUCAGCCUCAAAGACCUACCUACCCAUCCCAGUGGACCACCUGGAGGAGGAGUAUCGGCUCCGCUCAGCUGAUGAUGGCAAGCUCUUUAGGGAGGAGUAUAAUUCCUUGCCAGGGGGUAAUGCACAGGGAACGUAUGAAGAGGCCAACAAGGAUGAGAACAAGGAGAAGAACAGAUACCCCAACAUCCUUCCCUACGAUCAUUCCAGAGUCGUGCUGACUCAGUUGGAUGGGAAUCCAUGUUCGGACUACAUUAAUGCAUCUUACGUUGAUGGUUACACAGAAAAGAACAAAUUCAUAGCUGCACAAGGUCCGAAAGAGGAGACUGUAGCUGAUUUUUGGAGGAUGAUAUGGGAGCAGAAAGUAGCAACGGUUGUCAUGCUGACAAAUCUGAAAGAAAGGAAAGAGGAUAAGUGUUACCAGUACUGGCCAGACCAGGGCUGCUGGACUUAUGGGAAUGUGAGAGUCGCCGUCGAGGACUUCACAGUCCUAGUGGACUACACAAUACGCAAGUUCUGUAUACAACAUCAAGCCAGCGAUGCUGCUAAGACUCCUCGUCCGGUCACACAGCUUCACUUCACCAGCUGGCCUGACUUUGGAGUUCCUUUCUCCCCCAUCGGCAUGCUCAAGUUCCUGAAAAAGGUCAAGGCGGUGAAUCCGCCCUUUUCUGGGCCUAUUGUGGUCCACUGCAGCGCUGGUGUUGGGAGGACAGGAACCUUCAUUGUAAUCGACGGCAUGAUCGACAUGAUGCACGCGGAGCAGAUAGUUGAUGUGUUUGGCUUCGUCUCUAAGAUACGAGAGCAGCGCUCCCAGCUCAUCCAGACAGAUAUCCAGUACUCAUUUGUCUACCAGGCCUUGCUUGAAUACUACCUCUACGGAGACACAGAGCUGGAUGUGUCGUCUCUGGAAGGACAUCUGCACAAACUGCACAACACCUUCGCCGAAGGUGACCGGGUGGGCCUGGAGGAAGAGUUUAAGAAACUGACUAACAUGCGAAUAAUGAAGGAGAACAUGAGAACUGGGAACCUUCCUGCAAACAUGAAGAAGAACAGAGUUCUACAAAUUAUUCCAUAUGAUUUCAACAGAGUCAUUCUCUCCAUGAGACGAGGCCAAGAGUUCACAGAUUACAUCAAUGCAACUUUUAUAGACGGAUACAGACAGAAGGACUACUUCAUUGCCACACAGGGCCCUCUCCCUCAUACAGUGGAGGAUUUCUGGAGAAUGGUGUGGGAAUGGAAAUGCCACUCCAUUGUAAUGCUUACUGAGCUCCAGGAGAGGGAGCAGGACAAAUGUUGUCAGUACUGGCCCGCCGAGGACUCCGCCAUCUAUGGAGACUACGCUGUCGAGCUGAAGGGAGACACUCUGUGUGAAACGUUCAGCCUGCGAGACUUGGUACUCACCUUCAUUCCGGAGAAGCAGACAAGGACGAUCAGACACUUCCACUUCCACGGCUGGCCAGAGAUCGGCAUCCCGGCAGAGGGUAAAGGCAUGAUCGACAUCAUCGCCUCAGUGCAGAGACAGCAGCAGCAGUCUGGGAACCAUCCCAUAGUCGUACACUGCAGUGCUGGUGCAGGGCGAACAGGUACGUUCAUUGCACUGAGCAAUAUCUUGGAGCGAGUCAAAGCAGAAGGCCUGCUGGACGUGUUCCAAACUGUGAAGAGUUUACGCAUGCAGAGGCCUCAUAUGGUCCAAACUGUUGAACAGUAUGAUUUCUGCUACAGGGUGGUACAAGACUUUGUCGACAUUUUCUCAGACUAUGCCAAUUUUAAAUAAAAUUUGCCUUAAACAUGGUUUUUAAAUGUUUUUUAAAGCCAAUUUUGCAGUUUUCAGUUCCCUUAACCUUGUCAAAUGAUCUUCUAUUUUGCUAUGCACUUGUCCUACCAUUAACCCGAGUUGUUGUUCUGCUGCGAUCUGUGGUUUGUCAGGGGGUGGAGAUUGUAAAUGGGGGAGAAAAAAAAAGUUAGAUUAAUAAUGUACAUUUUGCAACAUGUAUAAUAGUUAUUUUGUCAUUAAGCGUUGCUACAAAGUCUGAUCUUCUGUUGUUGUAUAAUGUUGUUUUAUAACAUUGUUAAAUGUCUAUGUAAGUUUUAUUUUGAACUGAUAGUUUUAAAAAAAAUGUAGCUAUUGUAAAUGUAUUUAUGUAUUGACAUUCCUUUUAUGUGUCAGUGUUUGUUUGUUUUUUUUUUUGUUAAUUAUAAAUCUUUCAUUUACUGCUGACAUCUGAGAUUAGAUAUAAGACCAUAAGAAAUGUUUGUAACAAACACAACCAUGUUGGAGAAAACAGAAGUCUGAGGUGGUGAUACUGAAUCUGGCUUUUAUAAAUUAAUUCAGCUAGCUAGCCCAGACAGACACAACAAGCAUUUAACUUGGAUGAGAUGUUCUUACAACCUGCCUUUUCAUGCAUAUACAGCAAAAAGUACUUUGCUAAGAAUUACAGCACAUUAAAAAAGCACAUAUGUAAAGAAUAUGCCAAGAACAUGUAACACAAAACAUGUUUUUAUCGUAUUUAAGAUUAAAUUAUUGCUAAUUAGUGCCAUAUUUAAGUUUCAUAAAAACUUCUGAGAUGUUAUGUAUGGGUGCCAAUUGCAGUAAAGUACAAUUUUAUGUUGCACUGUUAAAACACAAGAAACGAGCAAACGCUAGCCCCGAGUCUGACACUUACAGAAACGAUCCUCCAUCAGUUUCUUUGCGGAACUGGUUUACGAAAUAAAGAAUGUGAAUGGUUCAAAUGGGAAGGAGAAAGGACAGGACCGUUUUAUAUAGGUUUUAGAAAAAAAGAGUCUGAUCCAUCUGGUACUCAAACCGUUUUAUUUUUGCUAAAUGUAAAUAUCUGUAUAUGACGAAGUGCUAACAUAGUGACCAGUGGCUACGGCGCAAGGAACUGUAAAGUGAUUGGUCCCUGUUUUGUGAGUUACAUGUAUGUGGCUGUGAGAGAUUUGUGAGACAGAGCACAGGAUGAAACAGACUCAACAGAACAACACAAGUUUAUGUUGCCGGCGCUUGAUUUCUGCUCAAGUUGUUCCUUUUGAGAACUGUGAGGUGGGCUCGUUUAAACUCCAGCUCUUUGCGCUGGCUAUUUCUCCGGGUGGUCUAUCAUGUUUUUCAGUGUCUUUAAAAAUGCAAGUUGCAGUAUUAAAUUCAUCUAAAAAUG